AUGGCGCCCCAACGAGACUAUUAUGCCGACUUGGGACUGACUCCAACGGCAGAUGUUGCAGAAAUCAAGAAGCAGUUCCGAAAGCUAGCUUUGAAAUACCAUCCUGAUCGCAAUCCCGGCCGAGAACAAGAAGUCAACUCUCAGUUUCAGAUCAUCCAAGCUGCCCACGAAGUCCUAAGCGAUGCCGAUGCCAAGGCCAAGUACGAUGCUGCAUUUAUGCGGUCCGCCAGCCGAUAUCCUGGCGCUUCGGGAGUGAGAGGGAAUCCAUGGCAGAAUGUUAGCCAGCAGUUUCCCGUUCCGCCGCGGCGUACAACGAGAACAGCCACCUCAGGGGCACAGAGAUGGAACGAGAGGUUCUCUGCCGGUGUGCCACCGACCGCUAGACAGCAUGCGUCGGCGGCAACGGCUGCUCGAGCUUUUGAAAGCAUGCGGAAAGGCGGUGCCAAGAGCGGGCAGCAAGAGCGCCGUGCUCCUCCUCCUCCACCCCCUCCCCGGACUGACUCCGCAAAAAAGAGAGCUGAAGCAUCUUUCGGGGCCAAGAAAACGGGCUACUAUCCUCGGUCAAAUACUCCUGGUGAUGAGCCCCCGGUCACCAACAACAACUACUCCUCUCGCGUCAAUACUGAGCGGCCAGAGCCCGCGCCAGAGCCCGCGCCAAAGCCCACGCCCGUACCCGAUCCCGUACCCGAUAUCUUCGCCCAGUUUAGGGAAAAGAGCCGUAGUGAAGAGAGCUUCGAGGACCCUCGUCAGAGCUCUCCAUACACCAAGAGUGGAGGCGAGAAGACCGAUCCUUUCGAUAGUGUUCCAUUGAAUCGGGCAAACACCACCAAGGAGUCAUCUGAACCAACAUCCAAGCAGAGGGGGCCCAGAGAAGGCGAGAUGAGAUGGGAGCAGAUGGAAGACCUCGGGUCGUGCCUGUUGCCCCAAGUUCGCGACCUGCUGCUUCAUUCAAAGCUCGAACAGAGGCGGCGACUGCUGCUGCACCAAAUGGUAAUAUGUUCACGACAAACCAGACAAGCAGCCCUCCUGCUACUAACGAUGCAACUCAAUCCUCUCCUCAUCAUAACCAAGAUUGUCGAAGUUGGCACAAAGAAUAAACCACGUGUCCCGAGUGGAACACAUGGAGCACUCCAGAGCCUCUCCCCUUUUGAACAGAAACAGUAUCACAUCUUGAGAAAUCUGAUUACGAAUCAGCAUGUUCCUGUUUCAAAGCCGAAAAAUAAGCCACAUCACAACACCCCGUGCAGCCAUAUAUCCCCCGAUGCAGAGAAAAUGAAUGCUAAUAAUAUAUCGCCCACUAGCUUCAACUUCAACUUGGACGAUGACGCAUUUUCUCCCAACUCCCCGGGAGCAUCUCGAUUCAGAAAGAGUAAUAGCGCUGAUGGAAUCAAUACGACUUUCGUCAAAGAUGAAUCUUCUGCUACUUGGCAAUUUAGUGCUGGAAAUGGAGAGUACGAUCCCCGUCCUCAGGCCCGUUCCCAAUCAAGCAGCAAAGCUGGUCGCCGCUCGCCUAUUAAACGUCGGCCGGUUCCCAGCGCAAACGUACCCGAUUCUGGAGCUCAGGCCCCUCAAAACGCAACAGGGUUUGAUGCAGAAAGCUGGAGCACUCAGUUUGGGCCCCAGACGUUUGUUCCCCGGCCCAUUACUCCCAACCCAUCAGGUUCGCCCACGCGGCUGGGUCGACCAAACACACGGAAGACGAGAACUCCAAAGCCCAUGGCCGGAAAUGCCGCCAUUGUGGAUGAUAGCAGUGAAGAUGACAUAUAUAGCUGGGCCGGCCGCAAAACUGAUGCAAAAGCUGCAACGGUUGAUAGUCCCCAAGCAAUGGAUAUUGAUCCACCACCGGCAGGUGUUCAUAUUCCUACUCCACCUCCUCUUGUUCCGACUACUCCUGCAGCGGCAUCUACCACGGCUUCCGCUACGGUCCCCUCUACGAUUCCUCCCGCACCCCAAUCCCGAUCACAGUCUCAGCCUCCAUCGCAUCCCCAUCCCGUGGUUGCCAGGAACAUUCCUGUUGAACCAUCGCGGCCGGAAUGGCGACCCGGAAAUGUUACGGGCCUGGGCCAAAUGUAUGAGCAGCCCGAAGAAAGAAAAGAGAUUCCGGUUACCUUCAAAGGGUCUGAAGAUAGCGAAGAGUUCCGAGCAACGUUAGAAGACCUGAAGAAUGUGGCACCAUUUGCCCCGCCUAAGGCUGGUCUCAAAUCAUUUACAGAACUAAAGGAUAAUCUGCCCUUUGAGAGUCAGGCAUCCUCCGAACUUCAUCUCAAUGUUCCCCACGCCCAUCCACUGGUAUUCCCUGAGCCCCCAAUUGCACCUAAACUUCCGCCCACGGUUGCAGUUGAUAGCAUCAAGCCGAAUGUUCCGUCAUGGAAUAAAUACCUUGAGGAAUUUGAAAGCUACCUACGUCGUUGGGAUAUCUUCAACUCACAGGUGGUUGACCAUUUUGCCACGCGAAAAUCCAACAUCUCGCAUGCAAGGGCCUCAAAGGGCUAUUCAUUUCUGGGCGCCCGGGGUGAUGCUGACGUCGUGGAGUAUCACAACUGGCUGGAGCAGGAUAACGGAGUCCGCCAAAGAUGGCUGGCAGCCUGCGAGGAGCACGAAAUGCGAUUCAGAGAAUUCAUGACGUUCAGAGAGAAGAUGAAGUGA